UCAGUCGAUAAGUUCAGUUUGACGGUUGCAUAGCGUUGAUACGAACGCUGUGCAUAAUUUUGUGCGGAGAAUUCGAAAAUGGCUGAAGAAUUAAACAGAUCUACUGCCUCCAACCUGACAGCAGGAGAAGCCCUUGCCAUGGCAACCAAAGAUGCUGCAGGUGCGUCCGUCUCUCCUCUGCGGAUGCAGGCGCUCAAGUCUCCAAUCCCACGCCAGAGCUCACUUCCCGUCAGAGCAAAUUCACCUGCUGCCAGAAUGCAUCAGCUCAUCAAUAGAAACAUCCUCUCUUUCCCUGGCAAGAUCCCCUCCGGACCUCAGAGUUGUUCCCAGUCUUUUGGAGGCACGAUGAGGAAGAAAGAUCAGUUUGGUUCACCCUCCUAUCCAUCUCCCCUCGACAGGAUUAGGACAGGAAAAAGAGAGCGAGCAGCCCAGCUUGGUUUAAGUGCAUCCUUCAAUACAUCACUAGACAUAAACCAGACCUUCCCAUUCACCGAGCUACCAGCCGCCAAGUCAGACAUCACAUCGAUUGAACCCACCGCAGGAUGCACACUCGACAAGUUCAAAGGAGACGAGCUGAACUCCCUCAGCUUCACUGGAGGACUAUCAAAGGGGUCCUUCGCCCCCGCCCCGACCCCGCCCCCACUAAACAUGUCCCUGGGGAGGUCCUGGUCCUUCUACAACUUUGUGGGCGGGGCACAGACGGGCGUGGCCCUUCCUACCACCGUGCGUAACCCCAACAAGGCCAUGCUGACCAUUGAGGCACGCAGUACCAAGAUUUUGUUAGCAAGUAAGAUGGCCGGAGAACUGUUUGGGUACGACCCUGGAGAGCUGGUGGGAAAGAAGAUGACCGAUCUCCUGUCCCUCCCUGACCGGAACAGACCACAUGCUCUCAUGGAGGAACAUCUAGAAUCCACAGGACAAGUGGUCAUGGUCUCAGGACAUGUGUUUGACAUUUUAGAUUCGUGUGGCCUGGUCAUUCCCGUCUCUCUCUGGAUGAAGAAACUGACCGACGAGGAGAACCCAAAAUGUCUGGUCGUCAUGGAACCCGUUGAGAGGACGUCGGGAAAAAUCGUCUUUGACGUCACAGGAGCCAUUGUGAGAGCGAGCCACGAGAUCGUCUACCUGCAUGGCUUCACGUCGGAGAAUGAGGUGAUGGGGAUGAGUGUCAAACAACUCAUGCCUCACCUCAAUCUGCCCUCUAUCAAUGGAAAUAUUGAUGCUUCUGUGAAGAAGCAGCAGGUGACUGGUAGAACCAAAGAUGGCUCCUCCUUCCCUGCAAGUGUUAAAAUCAGAUCUGUAAAACCUCAAGAACUGGUGGAUAAUACCUCCCUCAACGACACUGGACAAGCCUCGAGUUUAUCCACGUCUAACUUCUCCACCGCUAAUUUCUCCACCACCACCAAUCACGCUGACACUCUUGACCUUCUGUCGACCGCUGGGUCAUCAGCAGAUUAUGAACUCUGUCCUCCAAAUGAAAACCAAGACGUCAGGUGCUAUUGGUCUUGGGACCAAUUAUUUUGCGCGAGUGUGUGGGUCUUUGCUAACAUCAGUGGUAUGGUCAGCAUUCUGCCAGACGGUACUAUCCACAGUAUCAACUCGACCUUCUCCGUCAUGCUCUUUGGUCAAGUACACGAUGACCUCGUGGGCAAGCACAUCACCGCCAUCGUUCCCAACUUCUACGACAACCUGGACAUACUGGAUGACAGCUCCAUGCCCCUGCCUCCCCUGGACGAUGACAGCCUGGAGGAGGAGGAGUUGUCCGAUGAGUCUGAUUCCUUCAACCUGCCGACCAGCAGACCGGCCUCCAGGGCACCCGACCACGCCCUACCCAAGCAGGGGAUUCCCCAUGGUGGGGGCGGUGGUGAUGUUGUCGCCAUCCAUGAUGCAGACAGAAGUGCAGCAGAGAGACCUGAUACAGCUGAUCUGAUCCAAGCGGCCAGCGAGAUAGCUUCGGGGUUGGAGACGCCCGACUUGCCGCUUCGCCCAGAGAGCACCACCACCGAUGAACUCCUGCAAUCCUCAGGUGGAAGAAUAGACGUUCCAUCCCGUCUCCUUGCUCUCCCAUCGUCCAUCGAGCCGAGCAGCAGGCACGAGAGCACAGAGGUCAUCAUCGGGAACGCAAGCACGCUGGGACGGGUGAGUGAGCUAGACAUGGAAGGCUCCCUCUCAGCCCAGAUAUCUACAGUCAGCGACGGUGGGAAGCUUCCGGACGAGGGGUCCUCCAACCUCCUUGGACUUCCUCUCUCUGGUAGGCAUGUGAGUACUGAAGUUCAGAUUGGCAACGAGAGCGAACUAGGGAGGGUCAGCGAGUUGGGACUUCAUUCCAUCUCUCAUGGAGGCAAUACAGACUUGAUCCGGGAAGAGAUGGCCAAGGUCGAACAGUUCUCCAUGGAUGCAGAAGAGGACGAAGGAAAACUGAGCGAGAGCACGAGUAGCAUCAGGAGUGUGAAGGAGGAAAUAGCUCGAUUAGAAAGACUCUCUUUAGGAGGUGGUGGUGGUGACAGUUCUGCUAGAUCUCCAAGGACAGAAGGUAACUUGAUAAAGUGUGAUUCUGGUGACCAGAACCGAGGGGACGGUGAGAAGGGAGAAGAACCUGCUGAACGGAUAAGUGCAAAUAUAACCGGUGAGGAUGGAGAUCGAGGAGAGUCGGGGAAGGAGGGAAUCCAGCUGGAUCUGAAUUCUGUUGACAGCGAAGAGAACGAGGUAGUAACGGCAAGGGAAGUCACUCAGGAUGCUGAAGAGGAAAGGAAGGGUGAGGAUGGGGUAGAUGAAGGUCAGGACAAGGUCAGACGGACUUGCUGGACGGAAGGCAACCAAGCCUCCGAGCUCGCCCAAUGUAAGGUUUCCGCGAUGACUCCAGAAUCGAAUAACAAUCUCCCCACUAACAAAACAAGGGAGGAGGCACUUCAAGCUAGGAGUGAGGACUCAUCGGUCAUUGGUCAAGACUCAUCGGUCAAGAGCUCCGACAUCACGCCUGAGGUUGACGGCGGAGGGAUGCAUCCCGGGAAGGUUUUAUUUACAUCGACACCAGCAGCCAGCAGGAAGGUUGGUCGACAGUUCUCCUUGUUAUCAUCAGGACCUAUACCAGAAGGAGGAUUUGUGGGUUUGGCGAAACAUCGGGAUGGCAACUUGCUUGGCAUCUUGUUCCAGGUGAAGAGGGUCGACUUAGACGAUGGAGAGACGCUGUACUGUAUAUGGAUGUCACGUGACCCAGCUGAGCCUACAGACGCUGGUCACAUGACCUCGAGCAUGGCCAAUGCAUCAAGUUUCGACAGCACUUUCAAUCAGUCGAACCACACCAAGAGCAUGUCAGAGAUUGUAGCAAACAAUGGAGCUCAGAAGAUCAACCUUGAUUCGUCACUUUCAAUGGAACAAGAUGAUCAGAGGUUAGGGGAAGGGGAGUACCAGAGGCACUACAAGACCCUCCAGUCAAUAGGCAAGGGAGCUUUUGGAUUCGUCAAGAUGGCCAUGACUAUAGCAGAUAAUAAGAUGGUUGUGGUGAAGUUCAUCCGGAGAGCGAAGGUUUUGAAGGAGAACUGGGUGGACGAUCCCAAACUUGGCUGUAUUCCUCUUGAAGUGGCUUACCUCACUAAACUGGACCAUCCAAACAUUGUCAAGGCUGUGGACAGCUUUCAAAACGAUGAAUUCUUUCAGCUAGUGAUGGAGAAGCAUGGAUCCGGCAUCGAUCUCUUUGAGUUCAUCGACCGUCAGCCUAACUUUGACGAGGCCCUCGCCAGCUAUAUGUUUAGACAGGUUGUAGCAGCAGUAAAGUACCUUCAUGAACACGGCAUUGUACAUCGUGAUAUCAAGGACGAAAACGUGAUUUUGGACGAGAAGUUCCAAAUCAAACUGAUUGACUUUGGUUCGGCAGCAUACAUGCAGCCAGGCAAGAAGUUCUCCACGUUCUGUGGAACACUGGAAUACUGCUCCCCUGAAGUCCUGCUUGGAAAUAGAUAUGAAGGGCCACAACUGGAGCUCUGGUCUCUAGGAGUAAUGCUCUAUACACUAGUGUUUGGAGAGAACCCUUUCUAUGACGUAGAAGAGACCAUCGAAGCCAUCCUGAAGCCGCCCUUCGCUGUAUCUACAACUCUGAUGCAGCUUGUCUCCUGGCUUCUUCACCCUGAGCCCGAGUUCAGAUGUACCCUUACACAGCUCCAUGGCAGUGGCUGGCUGCAGCAACCCAUGGACAUCAGCAUCUACAAAUGGAACGAGGUCAUGCCGCCUGAAGGCGCAAGGGAUACCAGUGACGUACCAGACUGCACCGAUCCGACAGAAGACUCUGGAGACAUCCUGGGAGACUCUGGCGGCUCGGCUGAAGCGGACCAACUCAGGAGAGAGUUUGAGAGAUGUCUGGCUCUGGAUGAGGAGUACGAUGAUCUGGUUAGAUUAAGAGGGCUUAACGCGAGUAUCUGAGGAAGGAUCAUGGUACUGUUGAGAGCCAGAAGGGGUCUUUGAUUGGCUGAAAGGUGUCACAUGGCACGACUGUGCAAUAUAAAAAACUUGUUUGCACUGUAAAAUGCAUACCUAUUGUUUGUAUUGCCUUAAUAAUAUUGGAUAUUUAUAUAGCGCACAUAUCCACCCUGCAAGGUACUCAGAGCGCUCCAAUAUUACCCGGCUCUGCUAGGCUACCGAUUUCGGUGCUCACAGCAUUCAAGGAAUUCCUUCCUACCUUAGCUUCACGCAUCUGAAGCCAAGCCAAGCCAACCUGAAUGUAGUUGAGAGGGUCUCGUCCUUCAAGGGAUUGCAAAUUCCCUCCAUUUUAUGUAACAAAAUUGCACGCAUUUUGUUGUUAAAUAUGAUAUACACUCCAAAUGCAGAAUUUCCUUGUGCCAUUAUAUUUCAACCUCGGCUUGCGGCCUAAGUGUAAUAUAACCUCACUCUGAGGAAAUCUGAAUUAUUAACACCAGAACAUGCAAUAUUUGUAUAGUUUAAAUAUAACUUGUCACAUUCUGUUCAGUUUGUAACAUAUCAACGUACAAACUGAAAUGCUUAGUAUUCAUUUAUUUAUUUAUUUAUUUACAUAUAACACAUACAUUUGUAUUGAUAUGGAAGUUGUAAAGUAAGGGGGUUGGAUCUUUUUCUUUUAUUUUUGUGUUAGAAGAUGUAAAAUAUUUUACCAUGAAUGAAUAAAUGAUAUAAGCUCGUGUGUACACUGGUUAUUUCCAUUAUCAUGAGACCAAAGUAUUACUUCACCUUGACAACAUCAAAAUUCCACAGUAAACCCUGAAACUCUCUCAAAAUGUUAAUCUGUUAACAGACCUCAAAGUAGGUUAUCUUCAUGUCAAGUUAGCUAUUGUAGCAGAUUUGUUUGUCUUAAUACAAGGGAAUUACGAUGAGUUGAUUUUAUUGGACAAUGCAGGAACAAUGUUGUUGAAUGCCAAAAUUGAUUUAUUGAUGCGUGAGUAUUUCAGGCAAUA